AUGUCUGACCCUAAGACAGCGUGGCGGUGUGUGACUUUAUUAUUGUUUAUUGUGACGACUGAGGCCGUGCUUUCGGGGUUAUACAUCGAUAAUGGAGUUGAUCAGACGGUAAUACAUCAUUCAAUGACACACCAUGAGAAACUUUUAGUAGAACACGAAAUUUUAGACCUCUUAGGGCUUGGUGAGAGACCGCGUAGAAGUGGCUCUCCUCCUUUGGAUCGCUCGGCACCGAGCUUCCUUCUGGAUGUGUACAAACAACUAGCAGAGGAGCAUGAGCAAGCACGACCAACACGAAGUUCUGAAAUGGCUUUAAGUGGUGAAGAACAGCAAGCUAUCGAUGAAAGCGAUUUGAUAAUGACAUUCCAAAGUAAAAAACAUCACUUGGGAGCUUUACGUCACGGGCACGGCAGGCAUGUGUGGUUUGAGGUAGCAGGUGCUCCUAGUGACGCUUCGUCUCUGCUGACGGCUGAGCUUAGACUACAUCAGGCUGCUGCGCACACAGAAGACCCAACAAGUUUAUAUACAGUUGUUGCCCACCGUGUCCUCAGUGUUGACAAUGUUGGAGGUCUGAAAAUGGAGCGCGUAGCUGCAGUGAACACGAGCGCUGGCGCUGAAGGUUGGCUAGAGUUUAACGUGACGUCAGCGUUAUCGGCUUGGCUUACUGAACCCACUGAGAACCGUGGUUUCUUUAUUACGCUUCAUCCACAUACACAGCCAGAACGUCACGUUAAACCAGAAGAAAUAGGUCUAGAGGAACCUCGAGGACCUGGUGCGGAUGGCAAGCAACCAUUCCUGGUGGCAUUUUUCAAGAACGGACCAAAGCUUGGUGGAUGGGAUGCUGGUGCUCGGCGUAAGCGUGAAGCACGACGGUGGCGUACGCAUGGAUAUUCCGACAAUUAUUUAAGAAAUCCUUUAACUGACACUUCGCAUUGGACCACGAGAAGCUGUGAAAUUCAAACAUUGUACGUUAGCUUUAAGGAUUUAGAAUGGCAAGACUGGAUAAUAGCGCCCGAUGGCUACAGUGCCUACUACUGCAGUGGUGAAUGCAACUUCCCGCUAAACGCACAUAAAAAUGCUACUAACCACGCCAUUGUUCAAACUUUGGUACAUUUAUUAAAUCCCACUCAGGUACCGAAGCCGUCAUGUGCACCAAUCAAACUCGCAACUAUAUCGGUCUUGUACUAUACGGAUGAUUCGAACGUGAUACUGCGCAAAUACAAGAAUAUGGUUGUUAAGACUUGCGGAUGCCAUUGA